GCUGGGCAGAGCUGAUAAACGGUCAGUGGGGCACAGGCAACACAGCUGCCCUAGCCACCCAUUGUCUGUCUGCAUCCCGCUGCCUGUGUCCCACCAAGGAUGGAGGCCAUCAAGAAGAAGAUGCAGAUGCUGAAGCUGGACAAGGAGAAUGCCCUGGACCGGGCAGAGCAGGCGGAGGCUGAGCAGAAGCAGGCGGAGGAGCGGAGCAAGCAGCUGGAGGAUGAGCUAGCUGCCAUGCAGAAGAAGCUGAAGGGGACAGAGGAUGAACUGGACAAAUACUCUGAGGCCCUGAAAGACGCCCAGGAGAAGCUGGAGCUGGCAGAGAAGAAGGCGGCGGACGUAUGUAUGGGGUGCAGGGUGGAAGCUGAGUGCUGCCUUGCCCCCCUUCCUGGUGGGACUGCAGCCCUCCCCUGUGCCUUGGGGACACAGGAAAGUCCCUGUCCGGCUCAGUGUGCUCCCAGUAAAACUGUGUAGGUGUCCAGCAGAGAAUGGCCCUGUGAAGGACAAAUCCAGAGGGCAGAGCCGGGCAGCGAGCAGCCCAUCAAGUGCGGGAUAUGGGGUCCACGAAGCUCUGAGUCACG